AUGGCCGGCCAAGCACCGAGUGGCAACGCUGGCCGCCAACAGGGCGACAAGGACAAGAAGAAGGACCAGCAGAAGAAGUGGGAGCCUCCUCUCCCCACCCGCGUAGGCAAGAAGAAGAAGAGAGGACCCGCCGCCGCAAGCAAGCUUCCCCCCGUCCAUCCCAACUCAAGAUGUCGCCUCAAGCUGCUCAAGAUGGAGCGCAUCAAGGACCACCUGCUUCUCGAGGAGGAGUUUGUGCAGAACCAAGAGAGACUAAAGCCGCAGGAGGACAAGGACGCAGAGGAGAGGACACGAGUCGACGACCUGCGAGGCACGCCCAUGACCGUCGGUACCCUGGAAGAGAUCAUCGAUGACGAACACGCCAUUGUCAGUAGCUCGACUGGGCCAGAGCAUUACGUCCCCAUCAUGUCCUUCGUGGACAAGGAUAUGCUCGAGCCGGGAUGCCAGGUGCUCCUUCACAACAACUCGAAUGCAGUCGUGGGCGUAUUGGCGGACGAUGCAGACCCGAUGGUCAGCGUCAUGAAGGUCGACAAGGCGCCAACUGAGUCAUACGCAGAUGUGGGAGGAUUGGACCAGCAGAUUCAAGAAAUCAAGGAAUCCGUCGAACUCCCCCUCACUCACCCGGAACUCUACGAGGAAAUGGGCAUCCGACCUCCCAAGGGCGUCAUUCUGUACGGCCCGCCGGGAACAGGCAAGACCCUGCUCGCCAAAGCCGUCGCGAACCAAACGUCGGCCACCUUCCUCCGCAUGGUGGGCUCCGAGCUCAUCCAAAAGUACCUCGGUGACGGUCCCAAGCUGGUGCGCGAGCUAUUCCGCGUUGCCGACGAGAAUGCGCCUACAAUCAUCUUCCUCGACGAGAUUGACGCUAUUGGAUCAAAGCGAUACGACAGCUCCUCGUCGGGAGAGAGGGAGAUUCAGCGUACGCUCCUCGAGUUGCUCAAUCAGAUGGACGGCUUCGACACGCGCAACGACGUCAAGGUCAUCAUGGCGACGAACAAGAUUGAGAAUCUGGACCCGGCCCUCAUUCGACCGGGGCGUAUCGACAGGAAGAUCGAAUUCCCCCUGCCGGAUCAUAAGAUCAAGAUGUCCAUCUUGCGCAUCCAUACCUCUCGCAUGAAUCUGGCGGCCGAUGUGGAUCUGGAGACGUUGAUCUCGGAGAAUGAUGGGUUGAGCGGAGCAGAUAUCAAAGCGUUGGCCACUGAGGCAGGGUUGCUCGCACUGAGGGAGAGAAGGAUGCAGGUCACCAAGAAGGAUCUGGAUAGCGCCAAGGAGAGGGUGUUGGCGCGGAACGAGGACCAGGGACCUGCGGGGCUCUACUUGUGA